AUGAGAAGCAGUGCUGCUAAACUGAGGGGCAGCUUGAGUGAGACGCCAGCAGUCCAAGAGAAAGUGCAGAAAGAAAGACGUGGCGCUGAAGUUUUAACAGAAAGUCAUCAGACGGUGACUUUUCUAGUAAAAGGAAGUGAAGGAAGGAAACCACCUGUUGAGAUGGGAAGUCCAAGCCCACCGCCGUACCUCGAUGUGCGCCCGGAGACGAUCAACUCUUCAUCAGACCCGGCCAAAACCGAGGAGGGUUUUAGUGAGGCCACAAUGAUUGUGCUGGGCAUGAUCGUGUCGUUGCUCAUCCUCUGCAUUGUUUUCGGAAACGUACUGGUCAUAACGGCAAUCGCCCGCUUCCAGCGUCUCCAAAACGUCACUAACUGCUUCAUCACCUCCCUGGCUUGUGCCGACCUGGUCAUGGGUCUCAUUGUGGUCCCCUUCGGUGCUUGUUAUAUCAUCUUCAAAACCUGGCACUUUGGUAGUUUCUGGUGCGAGUUCUGGACAGCGACCGACGUUCUCUGCGUGACAGCAAGCAUCGAGACUUUGUGUGUCAUUGCCAUAGACCGUUACUUGGCCAUCACCUCACCCUUCCGCUACCAGACCAUGCUGACAAAGUGUAAGGCUCGCAUUGUGGUGGUGCUGGUGUGGGUCAUCGCCGCCCUGAUAUCUUUCCUUCCCAUACACAUGAAGUGGUGGAUAUCUGAUGAUAAGCAAGCCAAAGAGUGCAUCGCUGAUAGUAACUGCUGUGAAUUCCACACCAACAUGGCUUAUGCCAUCACAUCCUCUAUCAUCUCUUUCUACAUCCCUUUGGUCAUCAUGGUGUUCGUCUACAGCCGGGUUUUCCAGGAAGCCAAGCGCCAGCUCAGAAAGAUCGACCAAAGCGUGGGGCGCUUUCACAACAGCGACAACCUCCAACCUAUGUUUGCCAACAUUGGACGGGGACAGAAGAAGGUGAAAUUUUGCCUGCGGGAGCACAAAGCCCUAAAGACGCUGGGCAUCAUCAUGGGCAUCUUCACUCUGUGCUGGUUGCCCUUCUUUCUGCUCAAUGUGGUGGUUGCCAUUUGGAAGGUGGAAGACAUCGACCUCACUUUCAGGAUCCUCAACUGGAUAGGCUAUGCAAACUCAGCCUUCAAUCCCCUUAUUUACUGCCGGAGCCCUGAGUUUCGAUACGCGUUUAAGGAAAUCCUCUGCCUUAAAAGGAACCACAACUCCAAAGCGGCACCUAUGAAUGGAUACAUCUACGAUAGACACAGUUGGCAGAGUGAGCCGCAGGGGCGGAGUAAAGGCAACUCAUAUGAAAGCGUCGGCAAUGAGGGCUGUUUGGAGCAAGAAGCGUGUGUUGAUAGUGUUGAGGAACGAGCGAUGGACUCCAACGGGAACUGCAGCAAACAUUUCACUAUUGUGAAGGCUGUACUUUAAACUAUGAGACUUUUGCCCAUAGGGUAUCUUUAAUGUUUACACUGCUGUCAUGCACGUAUUGACUUUGGCAGGUAAAGCCAGUCAAGUAGCAUGGUAGAGGCACAGGAUUCUGCUUUAAGGAAACGAUAUUUAUCAUGUUACAAAAAUACUGUUGGCAGAUUUUACUCAUUCAUUCUGUUGAUAGUGCAUCUACCUCACCACGUCGCCUUGGAUGUUUGCUUCACCAUUUGUGUUGCUGCAACAUGAUAGCAUUGCUGUUGUUUUAGCUAUUGUCAUGUUCAAAACGAAGGCAUUUCUGCCACUAAGGAAGUGUUGUAGAUUCACCAGACUAGAUUUCAAAUGUCAUCAUCGGUGGUGCUCCUUUGCAAAACAUUCCAAAAGCAUUCCAUGUUCAUUUAACCUUUGUUGAGUUUCUGCAUUUCUUGACAAUGCGAAAGAUGAACAACAGGUAUGGGAUCAUUUUACUUAAACUGUUCACUGAGCCCCCCUCCCCCCUCUACGCUUGAUCUCCUUUUUACAGCCUGCUCCUUGGGAGGUUGUGCAGCAGAUAGCGCCACUGAUAAAUAACAGUUAUCUCCGUCUCGCCGGUACAAACUGAGCAACGCCCGGGGCCAUUCACUGUCAGCUCUGUGAUAAAAACCUGCACAUUUGUAGAGCAAUCAGCAAUUCCAUUAUCAGCACUAACGUUUCCUAAUAAGCAUACUGUUUUAAAUGCUUUCAGCGGCACAUGCCGAGCAAGCAAUUAAUUACCUUCAGUGCACUGGUUCAUUUGAAUGUAAUACCCAAUAGUAGAUGCACAAAUGUUUUGUUAAAUAUUGUGUUUGAAUGAGAGUACUGUGUUUACAACAUGAACAUAAGUGUGCAUGUGAUUUUGUGUGUGCCCGAGUUUGCGUGUGAAUGUGCAUACCCCACAGAGGGCGGGAAUAGCCAAAACAUAACAAGAGAUAUGGUUUGUGCUAAUCAUCUUAAUGAAAAGAGACAAGCAGUGCACAUUUGUCACUUGAGUGAUGUUUUCCAGAUUUCUAUAGUGCCAUGAACACAGUGCUCGGCACAGAGCUCUUCCCUUUGCGUGUCUGUCUCCAGGAAGUGCCCCAAUCCAGCUGAGCCCAGCCCAAUAAACAAAAGUAAAUCCAUUAUCGCCACUGUCAAGCUACAGGAUCUGAUCGCCUCCCUUAAAACAACAUCGCUGUACCGAGUUCCCGCUUUGAGUACUGCCAUCACCCAAAGGACCAAUUUGAAAAUUAGUCUUAUGAGAACAACUUUUUAGUCGGCUGACCUCCUGUCUAAAUUGCUUUUGGGGGUGUGGUCUCUUGAGUCACGUUAGGAUAACUUGCUUUGAUUGCAGUGGCAGUUUGUGAAAUGUCGCAACAGAUGGCUGGAGGAGGGAGCGCAGUGAGUGUUAGUAAGAUCUGUUUUUGUGGCUCUAGCCUUGCCCUGGGUCUCUGCAGUUUGAAUCUUCCCCCACUAGUUUGCUGGGUUCAAUCUAGCGCUGCAAAGCACAGCAAAUUGACGCAAGUAUGGGGUCAUCCUACGUCAAUGUGUGUGAAGUGAAAAACCAAACGACCUUUUACUGUCACAUUUUCCCUGCCUGUUUUUCUUCAUGGAUUUAUUACAAAACAAAUCCAAAGGUUUAGUGUCAUAACAAAUGCUCCCUUGAUGUCUUUUCACUGUAGUUUUUAUAUAUAAAACAAGAAUGGAGUUCAAGAUUCCUGACUGUGUUUAUAUUUAUUAGCACACACCAUGACCUGAAACUUUGACUGUCACGUUUCAGGUUCAUACAAAACGCAGCUCUCAUUUUGGGGGGAAUGGAUUUUGAAAAAUUUGUAUUUGGCAUGGUAUAUCUGUGCUGAUGUGCUGUGCUCUUCCAAGUAAUCUGUUUAGUCCCAUUAAUGGCGGCUUUGAACCGCACUCAGCCAUAUACCCACACUGCUCCCUCCUGGCAGUGCCCUCUCCUUGCACCUCAACUCUAACUCCUAAGUAGUUAUUUUAGUGCACACAACACUUUUGAUGUAUGCAGUUUCAAUUGCAGUAAAACUAAUCAUGAUACGUUGACAACAUUCCAACUCUGGAUGAGAACAGUGAGUCAAUUGCAGUCGGUUAAGCGUCCUUACUACUGUGUGUAAGUGCAAUGGCAUGCAAAGGCAGAGGUCCAUUGGACUUCAAUUAAAAGAAAUACAUUGGAAUAUGUUUGUCUGAUUUAUACAAGCACUGAAAAAUGCUUUGCAGAAUUUUAAGAUUGGAAGAAAGAACACCACAACUCACUCAAUGGUUAGGAUACUUCACAUUACCUGAAUGUUAUUGAAAUUUUGCAUAAUGACUGUCUGCUGGACUGCUGUGGCACAUUAACGUGUCAAUUAGUAAUAUUAAAUAUGCUUCAGCCACAUUGUGAAAUGUGGCCGCGCUUGCUGCUCAGUGUUUACUAGUUGUUUUUCAACUCCUUCACGCACAAGUUUGUGGGAGGUAUACGUCUGUUGCGUCGUGUGAUGUCUGCGAUAUUUAUAAAACGCCUGAGCUGUUGUUUUGAACUAAAUUAUUUACGUGUUGCAUGGACUGUCCUCAUUUUGUGAUCAUUAAAAUGCUCAACAAUAA